AGAAAUAUCACAUCGUUAGUGAUCUAGUAUGUCCAAGGGUAAUUUAAGUACCGCUUUGGUUAUUUGAAUAUUACUACCAGAUAUUUCUGUUCCUUGAAAAUUUUUGUAAAACAGGUUUGAUCAGCUGAGUUGCAAGUGUAAUGACAAUGGCAACGAUGUACUUGAAUAGGGCAACAGUGCUAUCUGUUCUGUCGUCUAUCCCUAAGUUGAUCCUUUAAUUAUUUUAGUAUAUAUUUUGUCCUGAAUUGUAAGUAUGGAAGAAUUAUUUGAAACUUUCUCCGAAGAUAUAACAAAAUGGAAAGAUAUUAAGGACAUAAUUGACCUAGAUCUUGACUGUGGGAUGCGAAAUGACUACAAGAAUAAAGCUAGCGUUCCUCUUCUACCAAGACGUGAUGUUUUGUUAUAUGGGACAAUUCCAAAAAUGGAACAAAGAGUAUAUACAAAAUGUAAAGAAUGUAGGCUAGUUUUCAACCCUAGACAUAUUUUAUCACAUAAAUCUUGUCCAGCAAAGUCCCAUUCUACUUCACACAGUUUAAAAAAGAAAGUCAAAAGUAAAGGAAAUGGAACCAAAAAGUCUUAUUCAAAUCUACCUCCUCCUCCAUUAUUUAAAAAAUCUCCAUCACCAUCUCUAACUACGGUCACUCUUAACAUUCCAGAAAUUUCCGUUCCCAAAGUAUCUUCUCCAAAAACAUCAAAAGUAUCAACAAUAUCAUCUACUUCUUCUGCAGUAAUGACAAUUUCUAGUUCAUCUAAUAAAUCAGACACUAGAAUACCUUCUAAUACAUCAUCUCUAAAAUCACAUUCUCCAAAAUCUCCAUCAAAAUCUUCAAUCUCUAGCUCAGAACAUUCUCCAAAAUCUAAAUCGCAAACAGGAGAAAAUAAUUCCUCUAGCAGCAACAGUAGUAGUAGUAGUAAUAGGCAUAAAAAAAGUAGAAAGAGCAAUAGUAAUACUAAAAUAACUAAGGAAUUUGACCCAGACGUCCAUUGUGGAGUAGUAGAGGGAACUAAAGGACCUUGCACAAGAUCAAUAACUUGUUCUAAUCAUAGGAUCCAAUUAAGAAAACUGGUAGCUGGUCGCAGUAAGGACAUCCACCAAUUAAUAGCAGAACGAAAGACUGUGAAAGAAAAAGAUCUAAAGCAUGGUUCAAAUUGUUCGUAUACGUCCCCAAAUGGUCAGUCCGAGGAAAAGGACUCUUUUUCUCAAAAUACUACUUACGUACCCGCUCUCGCUGCCAUCGCAAACGGAAGUGAACCUCCGGAUACGUCUAUAUUAAAGUCUGCAUUACCUAAAAUUAGUGAAGCAAUGACUCCUACAGCUCCUAGACAAACUACCUCACUUGUUGCUGUUAAGCAGCAGGAUACGGAAAAUGGCAACGAGAAAACUAAGAAUAAUAACUACAUAAUGAAUAAAAUGCACUCACAAGAAUGUGAUAUUGGAACUGUUCCUGUAGUUUAUAUGCCAUUGAGCCUAAUUUCAUUUAUGCAACUAGGAAAAAAAGUCAGGUGCAAGGAAUCUCCACAAUCUGCGAAGACUUCUUGUGUAACUAGUAAUUCUCUGUUUCUCACAAUUCCCAACCCACCACAUAUGAAUACAAAAUCGUAUAAAAGCCAUCCAAAACCAGUGGCAGUUCCCAAUUAUGGGUCGAAGAAGGUAGGAGGAGCCAUUUUACUGUAUAAUCAACACAUAGAAUACCAAAGAAAUGAUAUACUUAUGGCUAUAAAUACAAAACGUAAAACUAUCAAUAAUACUCAAGGUUAUCGGGCUAUAUCUCUUUUAAAUCACUCCAAUCCACCUCAUCGGCCAAACAUUCUAAAGGUCAAAAAACUGAAUUGUAAGAGAACUGCUGUCGAUAAAAUCAACACUUGUGAUAGUAAACAAAUGAGGCUGACUAAGUUAAUGGGAACAUACUGCUCUCCUAUUUAAACGGUUGUAUGUUCCAAAUAGACCACUUCUUGGAGUAAAAUUAUCUAGUUAUAAAAAUUGAUAACUUGAAUGACCAGUAUUGAAAAGGUUUAUAGUAAAAGCAGCCUUAUAACAUCGCAUAAUAAUAUGUUCUAUAUUAUCCACAUUCCAGGUACAGAUCUAUAAUUUAAUUGAUGUAUGUUGAUGUCAAAAUUUGUAUUGUAAUUGUGAAGCAAUCAAGCUUUAAUGAACAGUUCUUUAUAUUUUUCAUUAGGAUUAGCUAAAUAGGUUGAAUUGAUAUAUGAUGAAAAAUAUUUGAACAUUAAUCAAUUUUCUGUGGCAACUUAUUACAUUUUGAUCAAUAACUUGUCAAAAGUAUUGUUGACUUUUCUAAAUUAUCACAAUACAUUAUCCUUUAUAGAUAAUGUUGAGAGUAGUUAUUGAUAGCUAAUUUUUAUGUUUUAUCUUAUGAGAAGCACAUCUACAGACAUCUGGCAAACCCUAAUCUUGAUAUUGAUUAUUUAGUCAGAAUUACACAGUAAUAGGUUACAGAAAAUCAAUUAAUUUUUUAGGUGUCAAGAAUAGAAAUCAUGGUAUUUUUAUACAAAAACUCUCAAAUCUACAACUUUAUUUUUUAAUACUUAUAGUUUUUAAGAUAAGAACUAUUGUAAAAUUUCUGAAGUACCAAUAUUUGAGGUCGAAGUACAUAAACAUUGCUGCACAUAGACUAUUUGUCAAAGAACUUGAAACAAUGUCUUAAAAAUUCUUGGAAACAUAACUAUCUACAUUCUAGACCAUGACUGGUUCAAAUAAUCUAUGAGUCAAAAAGUAUUCACACAAUAAUUGAAGAUUUUUGUUGUUAGGGAUAUAUUGUGAAGUCCGUACCAUUACCCUAUUCAACUUUUUCAGCUCCUCUCAAUAAUAGAAUUUAUUUGAACAAAUAUGAAUUUUUUUCCUGUACUAAAUAAUUAUAAAUCCGCAAAUACUUUUAGUUAACAUCGUCCAAUAAACUGAACUUUGUUAUCGAAAUGCGUGUUGUGGUAGAAAGCCAUGUAUUCGGUACGAAUAUCACUAACGGUUCCAGUAAAUCCAAAUCAACUAAACAUUAUCUAUUUUCAAAAACUUUAGAGCAAGUAUUUAAUUAUGUAGCGAAAAAUUGACUAAGCAUUUAUUUUUUGGAAAAUACUCUUAUACAUUUCUAAUCUUUGACAAAUUUGAUAUAAUGUAUAAUGGAAACUAAUGUUCUUUUCAAUUACUUCCAUACAUUCCACUCUUAUCUUCCUAUAUAUUCAUUUUAUUAGUAAAUUCUAUAUAUCGAUAUUUUCUGAUUCGUUACUGUCAUUCUACUUCCCCUCUAAAUCCCCUCCUUAAACUUUUAACUCAUAAUUUUGCUAAAAAAUGUUUAGAAAAUUUACCGAUACUAAUAUUAAAGUGAUUUGAGAAUAUAAUAUUGAAUCUAGCUAAACUUGGAGCAAUAGAUAAAAUUCAUUUUCAAGAAAUAUGAAUUCAAUGAUAUCUCGUGAACUGGUUUCUAUUUACAUGUAAUGAUUGAUGAUGAAUAUUGAUACAAUCCUUGAAGAGUGUUGUAAUUUGAUUAAAGAAAAUACUACAAACCAAUACUUAGUAUUAACUUUUUCUAUAAAUACUUUUAACUAUAUAAAAUUUAUGUCAGACACUGCAUUUGUAAUAAUUGGAAGCUGAUAAAUUUUUUCCCUGUAACAAGACCAAAGAUGCACUACUUCAAGGCGAAAUUCAUAAAUGUGAUGAAUUCGUGUGACUUUUUGCUUUAAAAUAUGCAGUCCUAAAAACCGAUGUUCAGUUUAUCUCUAAUUCACAAAUUUACUUAUUCAAUUGAAUUUUCGUUUAAUAUAGUCCCCUUCCAAGAAUCUCUUGAGGAGUAGGAACAAAUAUUGAUUUGAUUUAUAUACAGUUUUUAAACACUGUCUUAAUAGUAAUUCAUAAUAUUUAACAACUUCCAUUUAAUUCCGUUGACGUGAAAUUUCACAAAAUGACAUUCAAAUGAAAACUUCACAAAAUAAGUGAUAAUUUAUCCAAACUAUUGUAUUAAGAACGUUUCUAAACUUCGCUCAUAGAUGCAAGGUAGUAUUUUGAUUAAAUGUUUUGUCACAUAGUAUUAAAAAAUUAUGCCCGCUUAGCAAUUAGCAUUUCGGACGUUGGGUUAUUCUCGGAAGAUUUAAUUCCAAACAAAGGUAUUAAAGCUUUGAAAGGAUUUUUUUAAAUUUUCGUUAGUUAUAUACGAUUCGAGGUAAGGACAUCGCUUUAUAAUCUCUAGCUUAUUGGAUCAAUUAGUCUUGGCUAUAUUAGCUAUUAAUAUAUUCAUUUUAGUUGAAUGUAAAUUGGAAAAAGAACCUACACAGUAACGCUUUUUACUUUAUACACAAUAUGAAUAUAUAUGUAAUCUAUAUCUAUGUCCGUUUUCUUUUGUACUUUAUGAAUUUCAUAUUUUAUUAUAAAAUUUUAUAUACCAUGAUUCUUAAGUAAUUUCCAAUUUUUCUAAUUAGUUUUAUCUAUAGAAUAUUUACAUUGUUAUUUUAUAUUUAUGACUAUAAUUUCAGUCCUUGAGUAUGAGAGUAAAUAGUUACUCUAAAUAAAUAUUUAUGUUUCUAAAUCGUCUUGAUUUUAAGUCUUUUUUGAUUAAAAAUUUCAAUACGACUACGAAUAAUUUGACUGAUAGCUGCUACAUAUUUUUGAGAUAAAAAAACUAAGGAAAAAUUAAUUUUGUAUGUUGAAAAAGAUUUCUAUUUUGAUAUUAACGAUGUAGCUGAUCCAUUGAUUAAUAUAAAUACGCAAAGUCAUCUUUUGAUAAAGACCGCAACAGGUCGAAACGUCAAAUUUUUAUGUCUUUAAAAAAUUAUAAGAAAAAACUAAUUUUAAAUCAGACGAUUUAGAAGCAUAAACAUAUCAUAAGGUCUAAGAAAUUACUUAUCAAAGACAUAUCUUUUGAAAAUGGAUUAAUCAUAAUAACUGGUGACGACUAGAGAGAGUAGUUUAUUGUAUUAAACUAAAAUGAUUGACAAAAAUAGUUAAUUUGUUAUUCACAGACAUAUGUGUAUACAUAUGUUUAUACUAACCAACUUACGCUUACUUGAAUACAUGAUUUUUUCUACGGUAUUAAUAAACUUGUCGAAAGGUCAUUUCUGAUUGUGUGAUGAAAUUAUUGUUUAAAAAAAUAGUAUAUAGUAAAUAUUGUUAGCCAGUACUAUUUAUAUUGAUUUUUUGAAGGUCCAAUGAAUAGAAUUUUCAUGUAAAACUGAACCUAGUAAUUUCUAAACUAAAUGUAUGUAGAGCAGAACAUCAGCUAUAAAAUAGCUUUCAAAAUUGUGAUAGUUUUGUUGAACCAAUUUCCGCCUUUUAUCAUUUAAAAUGUGAACAAUAGCUUAUAUAUGCAAACUAUUUAACUUACAAUUUUAAGGGUAUUAUACAUAUGAGUAAUUUAUUUUUCGUGUUUUGUCUCUACUCUAAGAUGUGGUCUAUAAUGUAAAGGUCUUGGUCAAAACACUUAAAAACAAUCUAAGAUGUCGAUGCUUAUGUGAUAUUUUUAAUUCUAAUUGAUUAUGGUUUAUUAUUUAAUUGUGUUCUUCUAUUAUUUAUGGAUUUUAUCUAUCUUAAUGAUAACAAGCCUAGCAUCCAUUUUUAAUUGAAUUGAUUUUUUUUAUGAAAAAAUAUAGAAAUUUAUGAAUAAUCAGAGUAAAAGAUUUCGUUAUGAUAUUAAAUUCUGAUCCUACCUCGCUUAGUCUUUAACAUAUUGACUGCUAUACUACCUCCCUUAGCAAUUUUUCUUUUUUUAAUCAAAAUUAUAUAUAUGUAGGCGAUACUUUUUUUUGCGAAACGGACAAUAAUGUAAGUCUACUUGAUGGAGCUAGGCUUCAUUUAAUUAACAUACCUAUUAUUAAAUAUUUCCAAAUUAACUUUCUAUUUUAAUUCACUGUAUCAUAUAAAAAUGGAACAAUAUGAAUAAGUUGCAUCUGAUUGCGUCUAGUCAGUCUUUGUAAAAUUUGAAAUCAUUGGGCUUAACUCGACAUUAUUGAGCUAAUAUUUACUGAAAGUGCUCAUUUCAAAGACAAUAUCGUGAGAUAUAUGAAAUGCUUUAUAUAUAUUUAUCAUUUUAAAAUUUUAUUAAAAGUUUUGUGUGUAUACACAGACUUUUCACAAAAUUUUGGUCCUUUAUAUUGUUUUCUUGAACAAUUUUUUGUAAAUAUAGUUGAGCAAGGAUAGUAAUGGUUGUUUAUGUUAGUUUUAUCUCUUUUUUAAUCUUUGGUUAUUUUUAGGAGUUUUGUGUCUAGACCAAAAUUUAACAAGUAUUCACCUGAAAACUGCUCUAUUGUCCAUUGUUAUUUGAUAUUGAUGCGCCCAAAGUUUUUGUCUGUAAAUAUGUAUUAUAAUUUUAAGCUAUUUUUCAUUUAAUUGUUUUUAAAUUAUUUAUCAUGCAGUCCAUUUAUAAUUAUUAAAUUGUAUGUAAAGAACCACAUCAGAAUAUUUCAUGUGUAUGUUGAACAAACUGUUUUUAUUACUAUUCCUCUACACCACAACCCAAGCCCUAAAAAUCUGUUUGCAUUGAAAUUUGAAUGCAAAAAACUUUUUACUUUAAUUAGAAUCCAUUCUCCUAUCCAGACUUAGUUUUUCCUUGAUUAGCAGAAGUAUACACAAUAGAAUUAUUUAAAAAAAUUGUUAAAAGUAUUAAGAAAUAUAAUCAAAAGCCUUAUAUACGAAA